AUGUCGGAGGACAACGAAAUUUCAACUACCACUGACAAGGAUCUCACUGUGGCUGAUGGAACUGUAGACGAGCAAGCAACGCUUGGAGAACUACAUAAUGUUGUUUCUCCGGAAGCACCUCCGUCGAAUGAUGGAACUGUAGAUGAGCAAGCAACGCUUGGAGAGCUACAUAAUGUUGUUUCCCCGAAAGUGCCUCCGUCGAAUGAUGAAGAGAUGCCGGAUACCCCCGAAUCGUCUUCUACAAAUAAUCCGCCAAAUGAAGAUUCUAGUCAUGUCGAUACCGAGAAAGUGAAACGUUAUACAUGUCCUUCUUGCAAAAAGACUUAUGUAACCACUCGCGAAGCGAUGUCACACAUUGCCCCUAUCGAUAUGGAACAAGAGGAGGUUCUCAAAUGCCCUCAUUGUGGAGUCCCCUCCAUCAGAGAAACUUUAGAAUUCACGGAGGAAAUAAUAGAAGCAAGACCCAAAAGAAUCUACAUACCAAUGUCUAGGGGAGAGAAACGUUUUUUAUGUCCGCAUUGCAAGAGGACAUUUAAUACUACUUUGGAAACGAUGUUGACCCUCAUCCCUGAGAUCACCGAGCAAGGAGAACUUCGUACAUGCUUGUAUUGUAAGAAGCCUUCGCUGAAAACUACUUUGGAAGUUAAUCCUGAUACGAUGCUCCGCGAAUAUCCUCAUUUUCCCAUCCAAGCCGAUAAAAACAGUUCCUCAAAUAGUAAUAUUCAGCCUUCGCGUCAACCAUCUUUCCCAGACCAGGCUUCGACUGGUACGCCAUCAUCACGAAUUUUGGAAGGGAUCAUUCACACAUCAGCUUCUCAAAAUUCCCCUUAUCAACAACAAACUUUCCAAUCCAAUCUCUAUCAACAACAACCAGCUGUUUACCCUAACCCUAACCUGCAAACAACUUUGCAGAUUACUCUGGAUCAACGAACAGCUAUCCAAAGGACCACUAAUCGAUUCCCGGAUUUUCAAACUGCCUUUGAUCAGCAAUCAGCUUUCCAUCCCAGUCUGAAUCGACAAUCAAUUUCUCAAUCGAGUUUCAAUCAGCAAUCAAGUUUCUCACCCACCCACCAUCAACAAUUAGCUUUCCAAUCUAAUCUCUCUCAACAGCCUAUCGCACGACCUACCCUCGAACAACAACAACAACAACAACAGCUAGCUGUUCACUUUAAUCCUAAUCAACAAUCAACUUUUGGCCCUAAUACUGAUCAACAACUGGCUUCCAACCCUUCUUCCCAACGCAAUCUAUCUGCAUUGUACGUAUGCAAAUAUUGUGACAUAGGAUUCUACACUUAUAGGGAUCUGUCAUCACAUAAAGCCCGAAUUUGUGAAUUUGAAGUUUGGUUUUUCUGUCCGGAACGAAAUUGCGAUUUUCACCGAGACAGAAAUAAGGGGUUUUCGCGCUUACCAAACUGGCGAAGACAUCUGCUAGAGCGACAUUGCUAUCCACAUGAUUCUAGGCUUUUGCAAACGUAUAGAGGUGAAGUGAGAGAUCAAUAUGGACUUACUAAAUGGCGUUUUCGUUGA